UUGAUAAAAGAAAGGUGGCCCACCCCCACGUGUAGUUCAUUGGAUCCAUCAAACAUUUUGAAAAUCCUUCCAUUCAAUUCAAGCCACCCAAUGAAAAUGGAUAGCUUUUGAUCCUACCCAAUGUCUUCCCCAUCAGAUGAUCCUAGGCACCCAAUGAUAAUGGACACUUAACGGUUAACAGACCACAUUCAAUGAUGCAGUCCAGUGGGAGGGUAGGAUCAUCCGACUAGUGGGUCAUUCAGAUCUCCAAUAGGUGGGCCAAUCCACAUGAUACAUUUCAUUGGACUGAUCAAACAUUUUGAAAAUGAUUCUGCAUUUUCUUUUCUCUUUUAUUCUUCUUUUAUCUGAGCUGAGAUUCUUGUUUUAGCCUUCAAAAUCAUGGCAUCCGGUGAAAAAUCAGUAGACAAGGAGGAAGGCGAGAACGAGGGUUUCUUAAACAAGGUGAAGGAUUUCAUCCAGGACAUUGGAGAUAAGAUUGAGGAAGCUGUCGGAUUUGGUUAUCCGACGGCCGACGUAUCAGCUGUCCACAUCUCCUCAAUCAAUCUAAAGCAGGCCGACCUUGUCAUCGACAUCCUCAUCACUAAUCCAAACCCAAUUCCAAUCCCCCUUGUUGACAUAAACUACCUGGUCGAGAGUGACGGCCGGAAGCUCGUAUCUGGCCUAAUACCCGACGCAGGUACCGUCCAUGCUCAUGGGUCUGAAACCGUCAAAGUGCCAGUAACACUAAUCUACAGUGAUAUCAAGAACACUUAUAAUGAAAUUAAGUCAGGCAGUGUAAUUCCAUACAGGGUUAAGGUUGAUCUCAUCGUUGACUUGCCUGUCAUCGGUAACAUUACUCUCCCUCUAGAGAAGAAAGGUGAGAUUCCUAUACCUUACAAGCCCGACGUGGACUUAAUGAAGAUCAAGUUAGAUAAAUUCUCAUUUGAGGAGACGAGUGCGACCCUCCACCUGAAAUUGGACAACAAGAACGAUUUUGAUCUGGGCUUGAACUCAUUGGAGUAUGAGGUCUGGCUUGGUGAAUUAAACAUCGGCGGAGCCCGCCUCCCGAAGUCGGCCAAGAUCGAUAAGACCGGGUAUGCCAACAUCGAGCUACCAAUCUCAUUCAGGCCAAACGACUUUGGAUCUGCACUUUGGGAUAUAAUCAGAGGGCGGGGGACCGGAUACUCGUUGAAGGGGAACAUCGAUGUGGACUCUCCGUUCGGACCGAUGAAAUUGCCGUUCAAUCGAGAGGGAGGGAAUACGAAAAUCAAGAAGGCGGAUGAUAAAGAUAGCGACGAUGAUAAGGUAUGAUUAGUGGAAAAAUGCUGGUUAAUUAAUUUGCAUAUAUUUGUUGGUGAUCUUCAUAGCAUUCUUUCAUGUGAAAUUGACUCGUAACUCAGUUGAGUCGACUCAACUUGGUUGGUUCAUUUCAACUUGAGUCUAUUCGACAGUUGAUUCUCACGUUGGAAGAUUUUCCUUAGUAGGAAAGAUAAACUUGUUUGGUAAAUGCCUAAAAAUGAA